UCCAGUGAAGCUGGUCGUUGAGGGGAAAAAAAACAAAACAAAACAUAACACGCUAAGUAAUGUACCGGAGACCUCAGGCUGAGCUCUCCCACAAAUUACAAUGUGUAGCAUUCGGAUUAGACACAGAAGUUUCCUCCAGGGGUGAGGAAGCUAACAUUAGCUAGCUAGCCGACCGGCCCUGUUGUUCACCAUGAAUUUAAGAGGACUCUUUCAGGACUUCAAUCCCAGUAAGUUCCUGAUCUACUCCUGCCUGCUGCUGUUCUCCGUGUUGCUGUCCCUGAGGCUGGACGGGGUCAUCCAGUGGAGCUACUGGGCCGUGUUCACCCCAAUAUGGCUGUGGAAACUGCUGGUGAUCAUCGGGGCCUCUGUGGGCACCGGGGUGUGGGCCCACAACCCUCAGUACAGGGCCGAAGGGGAGACGUGCGUGGAGUUCAAGGCCAUGCUGAUUGCGGUGGGGCUGCACGUCCUGCUGCUGAUGUUCGAGGUGUUGGUGUGCGACCGCGUGGAGAAGGGCAAAUACUUCUGGCUCCUCGUCUUCAUGCCGCUCUUCUUCGUGUCGCCCGUUUCCGUAGCAGCCUGCGUCUGGGGCUUCAGACACGAUCGCUCCCUUGAGCUGGAGGUGCUGUGUUCUGUAAAUAUCCUGCAGUUCAUCUUCAUCGCUCUGAGGUUGGACAAAAUCAUUCUCUGGCCUUGGCUGGUGGUGUGUGUCCCGCUGUGGAUCCUCAUGUCCUUCCUGUGCCUUGUCGUCCUCUACUACAUCAUCUGGUCGGUCCUCUUCCUCCGCUCCAUAGACAUCAUCGCCGAGCAACGGAGGACGCACAUCACCAUGGCAAUCAGCUGGAUGACCAUCGUUGUACCUCUUCUCACCUUUGAGAUCCUUUUGGUGCACAAGCUGGAUGGUCACAACAGUCUGAGCUACGUGUGUGUGUUCGUCCCGCUGUGGCUCUCUCUGCUCACACUCAUGGCCACCACCUUUGGACAGAAAGGAGGAAACCACUGGUGGUUCGGCAUCCGUAAGGACUUCUGCCACUUCCUGCUGGAGCUGCUGCCGUUCCUCAGGGAGUACGGCAACGUGUCCUACGACCUGCAGCGCAGCGAGGACCCCGAGGCGGUCGACGACCUGCCCGUCCCCGAGCCGCCGCCCAAGAUCGCCCCCAUGUUCCACAAGAAAACGGGCGUGGUGAUCACCCAGAGCCCCGGGAAGUACUUCGUCCCGCCGCCGAAGCUCUGCAUCGACAUGCCCGACUAGACGCCGGAGCCGGGCGCGCCCGCAGCCGCCGGACUCUUUAUUUAAAAAGAAAUGGACGAAACAAAACUAUUAAAGCCAAAGCUGCAGAGGACAUGUUGUACAGAUUUAUCUGCUGACCCGAAGGAGUCGGAGCGGCUACCUAAACCGAGCCGCGGCGUGCUCCAGCGAUGGAGGCGGGGCCUGUUCGGAGCCGGCGGAUCUGAACUCGUCACACGGGUUUCUUCAGUUGUUUGAAGACUCUUCCCUAAUCUGUCUAGAAGCAAAUCGUCAAACUGACUGUUUUUCGCCUCUCGGUGAAGUCACACUGUGUUGCUUACGUCUAAUCUGACGAACCUUUUGGUUUAUUUGACUACAAAGAUAAUCUGAGAUCAGGGUCUGCUUGAGGCCGAGUCGGGCCAGACUGGAUUUGACUCUGAAACGUUUUCGGGGUUAUUAAAAAAAAAGAUCAGGUUGUGAUGGGGGACCAUUGGAAAGACUGUGGCUUCAUUAUGGGAUCAGUGUAGCUCUCAUUGUCGUUAAUGUAGCCGUUCAUCAGACAUGCAUGGCUGCAUUAAUGAAAUAAGAGGGUUGAUUUAAUAGUUUUAUUCAGGUUUGUUUGAUUACAAUGCCUGCAUGUCGGUGCGUUCAAGAGAAAGUCACUGCAAUCACACCAGAUUCUUUCCAACCUUCUCGUUUUUACUACAUAUGCACUUCUUUAUUGAACCCACAAUGUUUUUUUUUUUGUUUGUUUCUGCUUUUAUAGAGAAGUAUUUCCAAUUUGACAUUUUUCCAGUCAUAGUUUUUCUUGUAUUAUUGAAAGAAUUUUUUGGGGGGGAGAAGUUUUAUCAACAAAAACCAAAAUGGUUUGUUGCUGCAAGAACGAGUUGGAAAAGUAUUUUGGUAUUUGGACUAUUUUAGUUUAGUUUAUAAAAAUCCGACCACAUUUUGACCCGUUGUGAAAGACUGCGCUUUCAAUCUGACAUUUGAAAGCGCAAUUCUUGUUUUUCAUAUAUAUAUAUAUAUAUAUUUUUUUUUUUUUCUCUGAACUUGGUCAACCUGUGAACUGCUGAAAUCAGUUUUAGCCUGUUCUGAUUCCUUUUUUUAAAGAAAUAUAAAAUGCACAAUCCCAAAGAAAGAUUUUAAGAUUUUAAAACAAGUCAUUAGAUUUUAAGCUGUCAGUAGGAUCCUGUACUGGCAAUCAAGACAUCCAAAAGACUGCCAAUAUUUCCAGAUGCAGCUUAUUCCAGAAGCUUAAGAUGGAAAAAAGAGAGCAUCAUUACUGUAAUGUUCAGCCUUUCUGUUGUUUACUGAGAGUUUUGCUCUCUCUCAUCUUCAGUCUAGCAAAACAUGCGGACGUGUCGUAGGAAAUUGUUUGUCAAACAGCUUAUUGCCUCUCUAAUCUUCCUCUGACUUGUCCCACUACUAAAAAAUAAGUAACUUUGACUCGUCUUCCCUCAGUAGCAGCAUCCACACUAAACAUAACCUGUGAACACUUCAUCGUGGUGCGUUCACUUAUCAGCAGAUGUUUGUAUUUUCGGGUUUCAGGACAACAGUUCACUGGUUAGGGUUACAAAGGAAGGAAAAAAAGAGAAGGUUUGAUUACAGUGACUUGUUUUUUAGUGAUCUUGCAGGCAUUGAUCUGAAAUGAACCUGAUUUAAAAAAGUUUGGGUUAUUUUUUCGUUAGGAGAAAAUCAGAAAUGGCACUUUGUUAAGAAGCACUGUAGGACUUCUUAUGUUUUGUAUACCUUCUUCUUUUUCUGUUUUUGUAAAUACUACAGCUCCUGAAGACUGGGACCAGAAGAUUGAAAUAAAAUCAGUCCUACACUCCAA